AACGGUGCCAUGAGAUUUGCCAUCCACAGAGCUUGACCGACAUCGACGAAAGGCCCUCAAGACAAUGGCCAAAGCUAAAGCACCUCCCCCGUCAUCGGGCGGCAAAGCCGCCAAGAAGAAGAAGUGGUCGAAGGGAAAGGUCAAGGACAAGGCCCAACAUGCCGUCGCUAUUGACAAGCCCACUUUUGACCGUGUAAUGAAGGAAGUCCCCACCUUCCGAUUCAUCAGCCAGAGCAUCCUCAUCGAGCGGUUGAAAGUCAACGGCUCUCUGGCACGGGUAGCCAUCAGACAUUUGGAGAAGGAGGGUCUCAUCAAGCGAAUUGUGCACCACUCUGGACAGCUGGUUUACACCCGGCUAACAACUGCCUCUGAUUAGAGGUCUUGUUGUAUACUUAUCUCACGCCUGUCCAUAAGCUUCAUGUAUUGCAUCCCACACCAAAAUUAUGCUUCUGGCCGGCAUUAAAUUCCUAUGUUCUCUAUCAAAUAACUAUGUCACUCUCUUUGGGCAUAUUCAUAAGAGGUUGGCGUUGGCUAUUAUCAGCCCUACUCGACUUUUCUUUGAGUAUGCUCUGAGUAAAUCGACCAUCAUGAGAUUUCAAUACAUAACUUUGAGAGUACU